CUAAAUUUACAAAUGUAAAAUUACAUUAAAUAAAAUACAGAAUGAUGGAAGAAAAAGUAGUCCUCAUCUGGUCUGAAUCUCUGGUACUCAUGUGUUACAUAGAAUGAACAAACUGCAUCAGUUGAGUGGAACAUUGUAUUGACUGAACAUUAGUGUCCCAUAUUGUGCAAAUCCAAAAAUAAUACAGGAACUGGGAUCAACAUCAGCCAUGUAAUCAUUACCAUCAACAUCACUAUGCUAUGUUGGGUGUUUCCAUAUGUGAUUCAAUGUUCACAACUGUUUACAGAUGCAACAGUUAUAUUUAGAGAAAGAUGGCAAGUCGUCAAGUUCAAUCAUGUACAAAAGGAAGAGGACACUUGACAAAUACAGCUUCUGGUUCAUCUAUCGCAGAUCCUCCAACCGAUUUAGCUAGUUUAUUUGAGUGUCCAGUAUGCUUUGACUAUGUUCUUCCACCCAUUCUUCAAUGUCAGAAUGGGCAUUUAGUUUGCUCAUCUUGUCGUCAAAAACUUACAUGUUGUCCUACAUGCAGAGGCCCAAUGGGGAAUAUACGUAAUUUAGCAAUGGAGAAAGUGGCUAGUACAGUAAUGUUCCCAUGUAAAUAUUCUGUAUCUGGCUGUACAGUACAGUUGCUUCAUACAGAUAAACCAGAACAUGAAGAUGCUUGUGAAUUCAGGCCAUAUUCAUGUCCAUGUCCUGGAGCAUCCUGCAAAUGGCAAGGCUCUCUGGAACAAGUCAUGCCUCAUCUGUUACACUCUCAUAAAUCAAUUACAACAUUGCAAGGAGAAGAUAUUGUGUUCUUAGCUACAGAUAUUAAUCUUCCGGGAGCAGUAGACUGGGUAAUGAUGCAAUCAUGUUUUGGUCAUCACUUCAUGUUGGUUUUAGAAAAACAAGAAAAAUAUGAUGGUCAUCAGCAAUUCUUUGCCAUUGUUCAGCUAAUUGGCUCUCGAAAGCAAGCAGAAAAUUUUAUUUAUAGGUUGGAAUUGAAUACACAGAAACGACGACUGAUGUGGGAGGCGACGCCUCGCAGCAUUCACGAAGGAGUGCAGUCGGCCAUCAUGAACAGCGACUGUCUAGUGUUCGAUAACAACGUAGCCCAGCUUUUCGCUGAUAACGGUAACCUGGGUAUCAACGUCACCAUCACCGUCUGUUGAUGCCAUGUGCCUUUUAACAGUUAAUUGGCCACUCCCAGUCUUCCACCCCCGGAUCCCGCUCUAGUUCCUUCGGUCCUGUAUUUAGUUUUCGUAUAUGUCUGUACCUAGAAAACCGGUUGCCAUGGUUACCAUCUCGUCUUCAAUUUGUCCAAGGAUGAUUUGGCAUGACCUUGUUUUCUGUUGUCGCGUUUAUCUCAUGUACUGUACCCCGUGUACGGGCCUAUUUAUUCGUUUGUAUGGUUAAAGUAUUGGACCGUAUCAGGCUCCCAUUCAACGUAACAUUGUUUAUAUCUAUCAUACUAUUUGUACAUAAAUAAUCGUGCAUAUUAUAAAUACCCAUAUGUCAAUAGUUUGAACCACUUGUUGUAAAUAAAUAAACUUUUUUCUAUUUAAA